UACAUUUACAAUAUUAUUCGUGCUCCUUUGUGGAGGUAAUAAAUGAACAUACGACGACAUAUAUCGCUAUUUUUAGAAAUAUAAAAACAAAAAAUGUAUGCCCUACUACUUGUUUAAUUUUCAUUCAGUGUCUUUCUCGUGUCAACGCCGUUUUGGUUGCUAUGGUUACGCUAGCACGCUUGACUAUUUAGCCAAGGGAAUCGAGUUUUUAAGAAACUGCACCACUUGUGUGUUUGUUUCUUUUUCUGCUUAGUAUGUAACGGCAAACAUUGAAAUCCUACUGAAGACAUAUUGGGUGCGGUAAAGUGGGAAAAAUCUACGGUUAUUUGAGAGUGAAACCUGUAGUGUUGGGUUCAUAUCCUCUUUAAAUUGACCUCCCUUGGUUCCUUCUGAUUGCAUCAUUAUGGACAUUGGAGAAAAGCUAAAAGAGCUCAACAUGACAGGGGAGGAAAUGAAGAGCUUGACUAAGGCGUUUAAAGAUGAGAAAUUCAGGGCGAUGCUCAAUGAUUACGCCCAGGAGAUUGCAGAUCCGGAGAAUAGGAGGAUCUAUGAGGAGGAGAUUGCUAUUCUGGAGCAGCAGAGAGGAAACAACAUCGAGUUCAUCCACCCUAAGCCUUUCAGGGCCCUGAGGACCAGUGUGAACCGCAAGCACAAGUGCUACAUCAAUAUCUGCGGCAAUGACAAAAUUGGGAAGCCCGAGUGCAAGUGGGGGGUGUCCGAGGAUGGUCGCAGAGGGCAGUGCUGGUCAUUGCCUCACAAUCUGCAUCCAGGGAGGCAAGACAAUGAUCCAAAAGGGAACAAAAUCAUGAUCUAUGAUGUUAUUUUCCACCCUGACACCCUCCACAUAGCAAACAAAAAGGCAGAAUUCAUGGAAAUGGUGAUCAGCACGGCCAUUCAGGGAAUCCAGGAUGCCUUUAAGGUGACGCUGGACAAAAACAACGUGAGGGAGAUGAACACAAAGUACAAGGGCAUGCCUCAGCCUUGUGUCAUCCGUAAACCCAUCCCUGGAUAUACAGCCAAGCCUCCUGAAAAUCACCCCCUCGCUUUCCCAUAUCCAGAUGAAAAAAAAACAAAAAUCAGCACCGAUCCCAAACCUAAGAGCUUCAAAAUAGAGAAUGAGAAAAGCAAAGAGCCCACUGAGCCAAGCUACACCGUGAAAUACCGAUCAUUCAUUGACCUGCAGGACUUCAGAUGCUCCAGGGACUCCGGAAAGAGCCCCAGGCCCAAAGAGAUUGUCGUCACGAUAGACGUACCGCUGCUGAAGUCCGUUGCAGACGCCAGCCUUGAAGUGAAGGAGAAAACUCUGCUGCUGGAAUCCGAGAAGCCCGCCUACAGGCUGGAGCUGCCCCUGUCCUACCCGGUGGACGAGGACAGAGGAGAGGCCAAGUUCAGCAAGCAGAGGGGCCAAUUGACGGUCACACUACCCGUCCUUCCUUCCAAUGAGGCGCUGGAGCUUGUGUGCAGUGGAACAGAGGAGCAGGAGAAAAGUCAAGUUCUUGAAGAGGAGGUGAUCAAAGCCCAGGAUGGCGCCGGAGGUGAGAAACCUGUGAUGGCCCAUCGGGAAGAAGAUAUUGGUGAGGGGAAGCAGUUGAAUGAGAACGGAACGUGUAAAGAACAAGAGGAUCAAGGAGUUGAGGAAAAGAGAAGAGAUGACAUCAAGGAUAAUGCUGAACAGAAUCUACUUUACAUUCAAGAAAGUAAAAGUAAGAAUCCAAUGAGAAAAGAAGAUCCACUACAGAGAAUUCAUUUCAAUCACGAAAACCCAGCAAGUCUUGAUCUUCUCCAGAUUACGCCUGUUGAAACCUCUAGAAUUGUAGAAAAGGCACAUGUGGACUCAGAUUCAGACUCAAGCGUCCACGUGAAGGACGGCAAUAUGCGAGGAGCAGAAAAGACAGGAGAGAAGGUGAAGAAACAUCAGGACGGUGUUGAGGGUGAACAACCAGAGACGGACGAUAAGGAAAAAGUGGAAAUUACUGAAGAAGAAGAGUGGCUGACAGAGAAGGUAGCAUACGAAGAACCGGAGGAGGAGGAACAAAUAGUUGGGGAAAAGAGAAGUGAGGCGGUGGAGAAAGACGGAGAACAUGAGGUACUUCUCACUAAAGAAAGUCAGCUCAAAUGCAAACCAAACGAAAAUAAGGAUCCCGUAAGCGAAGAGGAGCAGCUGAGAGGGAAAAGAACAUACGAAGAACAUGUGGCCGUAGAACAAGGAAUUGGAGAAAAGAGAGGGAUGGAAAUGGAGGAGGAGGACACACACGAUGCACUGUGCAUUCCAGAAAAUAAAAGAAAGGGUCAAGUGAGGGAAGAAGAAGCACCACAGGGAAUGGACUCUGAUCAAGAAAGACAAGCGUGUCUUGAUCUGCUGCAAAUUUCCCCCGCACGGGAAGAAGAAGCAAACGUGGACUUGAGUGCCCGACUGGAGAACCUUCCGAGGAAAGAGGCAGAAGAGGAGGAUGUUAAGAUGGAAAUAGAUACAUUACAGGAGGGUGAACCAUCUAGGGAAGGCCCCGAUACGGAAACCACCUUGAAGAACACCAAAGCAACAAGUGAGAGACAAGAGGAAGCUUCUUACAUGGGAGGAGACGACCAAUUGGGCCAGAUCCCCGAGGAAGGUGCCACCCUCUCUACUAAGGAAGAAGUGAGGGUGGGGGAGCAGGAGGAGGACAUGCCAGAAAAGCAGAUCACGCAAAAAGCAGAACCAGUCAAGAAGCCGCCGCCUGUUUCACUCCGGGAAAUCGACGAAGAUGGAAAUGAGACGGUGUUCAGCGAUCACACCACAGCAGCGGGAUUCCUCUUCCAGAACGCCCUCAUUUACGAACUUGACUGACACUGGUUGACAAAGUUGUUUCAUGAAUGCGUGUCUGACUUUCAAUUAAACACAUGUAAAGUUU